UAUUGUGUGAUGAAUUCCCCAAUGGCUACAAGUCUUUUUGUGGGAAUGAUGCUAUAUUUGUCACAUGGAGAAGCAAAGUCAUACAGACCGUUCCAUUAUAGCGACUACAGCUCUGGAAUCACUGAGCAUCGCGGCCAGGGAAAACCUACCAGCAGACACAAGAACCACUGUGCUUAUGUGAUUGAAAAGACAGUGUCCUUCACUUUGCAAGAUGGGGCAGCCCCAUAUGUUAAAGCUGAGUACAACAAGUGUUCCUGGCAUAAAAAAUGUCCAACUCUUAUGUAUCGCCUGAUCUACAAACCAAUGUAUAAGGUGGCACAUAAAACAGUCACAGAGUUAGAGUGGCGCUGUUGCCCUGGGUACUCUGGCUACGGCUGCAUGGAGGGACCCCCAGAUUACCAACAUUCCAUUAAAAGCAUGCCACCAUUUAAUGGUCUGCCAAUCAGAGGCCCCCAGUUCAAGGGACCACAAUACAAAGGUACCAUGUUGAAGAGUCCCAUGUUCAACGGCCAUCCACCCAUCAACCCUCUUGUGAAUGCUAACCCAUGGAAUCAACCCAAAGGACCUCCCACCAGGGGUUUUAACUCUUACCCAAUGCAUCACUUUGGACCACCAAGAUCUUCCAGCUAUCCAGACACCUCUUUUGAAUCAUAUCCACAUGCACCUGAACCCAUGCCGGACCAAAACGAAGAACAUCACACAGAGCAUGUACAAGAACAUGACCACAACCAGGGAGCAAUGGAGCAUAGUCCAGAAGUCACGCUUUCUCCGACCAAUGGUGAACCAACUGAAGGCCUGGCUCUAGACAGUGAGACAGAGGAGAGAAUAUAUCAAAUGGAGGAGGUUGUACGACGUCUGAACCAGGGUUUGGAGACCCUGAGAGGGACUGUGAAUGGCCUGGAGGACAGCCUUCGAGCCUCGCUUCGAGAGGAUGCCAAAAAUAUGCUGUCAGCUCUGCUCUCUGCUGCCCCCAGUCCUCUUUCUGCUCCUCCCGUAGCUUCUAGCCCCUCCACAGUAGGCUUUGUAGAGAUUCCUGGGGGUGAUCCUGAAGCUGGUGGUCUUGACGGCAGACGUGUCUUUUCAGGACUCACAGAACUGAACAGAAUGGUAGAAGAGCUCAAGACCGAGCUCCAAGCCAAGACAGCAGAGUUUCAGGAGCUCAAAGCCACAGUAAUGACACAUGACGGGGCACUAGAGAAUAUGUCAACCAGAGAAGGUGGAGUAUCAGACUCCAUACAUCUUGAGUGGAAAGCCAAAAAGCUCUUGGAUGCCAAGCUGAGUGCAGCCAGGACAGACAUUUUGGGUGGGUUUGAGAAGCGUGUGGAGAGUGCAGAGGGUCGAUGUGAGGAGAAAGCAGAAGACGUACGUCGUCAGUGUCAGAGGGAGCAAGGGGAAAGGCAGGAACAAAUGGAAGAUGCUUUGGAAGCAAGCACAAGUGACUUAAGGUCAGAGUUGAGGAACCUUCAGGCACAGGUUUAUCAUUUGAACACAAUAGAAAGCUGCUGUGCUGUGGUGAGUGGACUGAGUGACAGGGUGCAGUUUGUGGAAACGUCAGUGGUAGGCCUCAAUCAAUCUCAAAAACACCUACAAGUGGAGUUGGGAGGUCAUAAAGACCACAUAGAGGGAAUGCUGGAGGGUCGCCUUAAGUAUGUAGAGACUAAACUCAACCUGUCUGGGCAACUGGUAAAGAGGAGCAGCUUCUCAGACCAAGCUGAGACAGGACAGGGUUUGGAGGCCAGAAUGGAGGCCAAGUUGAGGGAACUAGAGGGGCGCCUAUUGACAGCUUUGGAGGAACUAGGUAAUGCCACUGCCCCAGCACUCCUGGAGGGACAUGCUGUUCCGACCCUGGAGACAGAGCUGGAGUCCCUCCGAGGGAGACUCGAGAUGGAUGUGGACAGAGUGCAAAAACAUCUGAGCAACCUUGAGAUUCUUUGCUCUUCCUCCUGUUCCACAUCUAAAGAUCCCACAACCAUUCAAGGGGACUCGGCUUCUUCAAGUAGUGGCCUGGCAGAGGAUCAGAAUCUUGAGGGCUUAUUAGAAAGGCAGGGUGACCGUUUGAACAGCCUCAACAUUACACUACAGAACAUCAUGAGUUAUCUGACUGACAAAGAGCAGCAAGAAAAAGAACAGGGCGAGCUCACUAUCCUCAAGUUCAAUGUUCGCUCGGUCAACCGCACGCUAAAAGGACUUCAGAACUCCCUGGGGACUGUAGUUCACCAGGUGGGACGAGUAAACAGCUCCUGGCAUGAGAGAGAGUCACGUCUGGCCCAACAGAUGAAGGGUGUUGUACAGCUGGUUGGACAUCAGGCUUCAAUGCUCGGGGCAGGUGAACGCAAACUGACCCGGCUCAAGGGGGAGUUGCAGGAGAUGAAAAGACGGCUCGGAGAUGAGGUCCGAGGCUGUCGGAGCACAGCUAUGGGGGUACAAAAAGAGGUAACAGAGGUCGGUGGACGUGUUGCUAAUGUUGAGGACCAGUGUAAAGGUCUUAAUUAUUUAGCAGAAGAUCUAGAGCGAAUCAGGGAGGAGUUGGACAGACAAUCAAAUGGGUUUCUGCUGCAAUUCAAUGGGACUCUCACCAACCAUUCUCAGCAGUUGUCUGAGCUGAAAGAUGAAAUAAAAAACUGCACCUCGAAGGCGGCUUCAGCACAACAGAGUUUAGAGCCGCAGUCACAACGCGGGGACACAUUCACUUCAAAGUAGUUCUGUUGCUAGGGAAAUAAAUUAUACAGAGAGAAUGAAGGGUACAUUUUCUGCUGGUGUUGUGGAAGUCCACUAACAGCUCUUUUUAUUUUGUCUUCGUUUUGUAAGGUUUCAAACCUGCACUGAUAUGGAGUCUAAAUUCGCUGCAAACAAUUUAAUACAACUGACUCUAACUGAACUCUUAAUGUUGUGAUAACAAACAUUUGCUUGAUGCAUAACGGUGCUAAAUCUGUUCGUAAUGAACCAUCAUUUUGAAAACCAAGCAAAAUGUAUGUCAGUGUGCUGUUUACAUACAUCCUUUCCAUCCGAAAUCCUUUGUUUGUAUAUGUUAUUUAAAAAUGUUUACAUGAUGUUCUAGUUUUUAUACUUUCUUACGUGGCGACUCAAUUACACAAUGCUUUUUAUAUUUUUGGAUGUUGUAUUACGUCCCUCGUUUUCUUAUCCUUGAAUCCCUUGUGUAUUUGUACCUUGCCUAGAGUU